CAGGCUGUUGGUAUCACCUCUACUACUGGCAAUACAAUCCAGCAUACCAUUCUUUUCAUUACAAAGAAUGAUGGUCCCGCCAUAUUGAACGCUGUCGAUCCCAGCCAAGAGCUCAUCAAGAAAGGAAGUGUAACAUCAAUUGCUGCUGGUUUCGAU